AUGAAUAUCGUGCCGAUCAAUCGACCACCCAGUCAAGAGAAACUGUGCAACUUCGUAAGGGACAACGAGUGGAAGGGACUUAUCGACGGGUCGUUUGGGAAGAUAAAAUUUCACGAUUUCGGCGGCUACUCUGAGUUGUCACCGUACAUCCGCGUUAGACCGGAUGUGACGCCGGAGGUAUUAUGGGAGCUGAUGACCACGUAUUGGGAUCUGAAGCCGCCCAACCUCAUUAUCUCCGUCACCGGUGGCGCCAAGAAGUUCUUCUUUGAGAAAAAUCUAGAGAACAUCUUCAAGAUCGGUCUGGUCAAGGCUUCCCAAAACACAGGUACAUGGAUUAUCACUGGAGGUAUGAACGAGGGAGUGAUGAAGUACGCGGGAGAGACGAUCAACAUCUUACGCGGCAACCAGCAGAAAAUGUGCGGCAUCGGCAUCGGCAUCGCCACGUGGGGAGCCGUGGACAACCGAUUUAGUCUGGUUGGCAAGCCGGGCUCGGGCAAGUUUCCGGCGAAAUACCAUGCCAAGGCGCUGCAGCACGGCCGGAACAUGGCGACGCUGGACCCGAACCACACUCACUUCAUCCUGGUGGACGACGAAACGACGAGAAAGUCCAGCGGCGCCGACAUCAAGGUACGGAGGCGCCUGGAGGAACACAUCUUGAAUCAUAUAGUGCGAAAAGGCGAGAAAGAUAUGGAAACCCGGGUCGUGCUACUUGUUGUGGAGGGGGGUCCGAAGACCUUACAGAACACGAAAGAAGCCAUUUUGAAGAAUAUUCCGGCCGUGAUCGUCGGCGGUAGCGGGCGGGCCGCAGACCUUAUUGCUUACGGCUUCGAGCGCAAGAAUGGCAAUAAGCCCUUGACGAUGGCGGAGGUGGGUAGUCAGCUGAUGUUGACGUUUGGAUUGAAGGAAGAGUCGGAUGGGACUUAUCCACGAAAAGCGCACAAGAUGCUGAAACAGCUAAACGACAUCAUACAGCAUCCAACUCUUGUAACAAUUUUCAAAUUAAAGAAUGCGAACACCAUGGACAUCGACAGUGCUCUUCUCCGUGCACUAGUGAGAGCCAAGACGUCAAAACUAGAAUCUCAGUUGCAGUUGGCGAUGGCAUUUAACCGGAGCGAUAUCGCCCGUGAGGAAAUCUUCACCGCGGAAAAUCGGACAAAAUGGGAGCGAAUCGACAUGGUAUCAGUGAUGGAGCAGGCCCUGAAGCUGGAUAAGGCGGAAUUCGUAGAACUGUCGCUCGACUGCGGCGUGAAACUACACAAGUUCCUAACCAAACGAAGACUUAGAGACCUGUAUGUGAAUGCGGAACUGGUGCAAGAGCUGUUGGGCAUUGAUAGUCGAGAUCCUUCGCUGGUGAGCAAGGUCAUAUGUGAUAAGCUGCUGGUUUCCAAAUGA